GCAGUUCUCGACAAGGACGACGUCGUUCCAGAUGAUGGCGUCCUGUCAGCUUCUGAGCUCGUCGACCUGGUCGAUAUUAUUCUCGCGCCUGCAGUAUACUUGAAGGCGGCUGAGAUAGCUCUCAGGUCCUGCGCGGGCUCUCUCGCGGGCACCCGCGUCGAGGACGCGGUCGUUGGCAGGGUGGAGCGGUGCUGUGACAUCGCGAGCGUUUUGAAGUCGAUGGGCGCGCCGACUGUCGCGUCGUUGGUCAAGCUCGCCACGGACUGCGCGCAGUCAGCCAAGGCGUCCUCCAUCACUGCGGGCGCGCAGUCGCCCAUCGAGUGCGAGGGGGCGCUGUCCAGGGAGAUGCUGGAUGAGCUGUCGGACCUGGCGCGGGCUUGCGCCGGCCUGGCCGCGGACGCGGACGCGGCCAUUGACGCCCAGAGC